AUGGCGGAGGAAGGUGCUGUCAAGGUCUGCGUACGAGUACGGCCUCUCAUUAGGAGGGUAGCAUCUGUUGUAUUAACUCUUACCUACUUCUCUUUAGAUCGUGUGUUUCAUACCGAUGAAACUACAGAAAAGGUAUAUGAAGAAAUAGCAGUACCAAUUAUACGUUCUGCCAUACAGGGCUACAAUGGUACAAUAUUUGCAUAUGGACAGACUGCUUCAGGAAAAACCUAUACGAUGAUGGGUUCAGCAGAUGGUUUGGGUGUAAUCCCCAAAGCAGUUAAUGAUAUUUUCAAAAAGAUUAAGGAGAUUCCUGAAAGAGAAUUUCUAUUACGUGUAUCCUACAUGGAAAUUUACAAUGAAACCAUAACGGAUUUACUUUGUGACACCAGGAAAAUGAAACCUUUAGAAAUUCGGGAAGAUUUCAAUAGAAAUGUGUAUGUAGCUGAUCUUACAGAAGAGGUGGUCUCCACACCAGAACUGGCUCUGCAGUGGAUCAAGAAAGGAGAGAGAAACAGACACUAUGGGAAAACAAAAAUGAAUCAGAGAAGUAGUCGUUCCCAUACAAUUUUCAGAAUGAUAUUGGAAAGUAGAGAAAAGGGUGACCCUUCUAACUGUGAUGGAGCUGUCAUGGUGUCUCAUUUGAAUCUGGUUGAUCUUGCAGGCAGUGAAAGAGCUAGUCAGACAGGAGCUGAAGGUGUUCGACUUAAAGAAGGCUGCAAUAUUAAUAGGAGUUUGUUCAUAUUGGGACAAGUGAUCAAGAAACUUAGUGAUGGACAAGCUGGAGGUUUCAUAAACUAUCGAGACAGCAAAUUGACUCGAAUUCUUCAGAAUUCUUUGGGAGGAAAUGCAAAAACACUUAUUAUCUGCACUAUUACUCCUGUAUCUUUUGAUGAAACACUUAGUACUCUGCAAUUUGCCAGCACUGCUAAAUAUAUGAAAAAUACACCUCAUGUUAAUGAAGUAUUGGAUGAUGAAGCUCUCUUGAAAAGAUACCGGAAGGAAAUAAUAGAUUUGAAAAAGCAACUAGAGGAGGUUUCUUCAGAGACUCGUGUCCAAGCAAUGGAGAAAGAUCAAUUAGCUCAACUUUUGGAAGAGAAAGACUUGCUUCAAAAAGUACAAAAUGACAAGAUUCAGAAUUUAACACAGAUGUUGGUGACCUCUUCUUCCAUCACAUUACAGCAGGACCUGAAGGCCAAAAGAAAACGAAGAGUUACUUGGUGCCCUGGCAAAAUGAAUAAAAUGAAAGAUAUUGGCUACAUAGAUGACUUUGGUACAACAAAGGCCAUUGUGCCCAUGUCAGUCAAGCCUACUAUACCUUCCAUAGUUGAAACUGAUGAAUCUUUAUGUUCAGAAUUCGAUAUUUUCAGUAAUACUCUUGAAACAAUAUCUGAAUCAGAAUGGAAUCCAGCAACAAAGCUAAAUCAGAUUCAAGAACAAGAUUUAUUGGAUUCAGUUCAACUUUGUGAAACAAUAAUAUCAGAAAAGGAGACUGUGCAGAAUGAGCUGAAUUUACUGCGUGCUAACUUCGAUAAUCUGGUAUUAGAUUAUGAACAACUACAAAGAAAAAAGACAGAAAUGGAAUUGAAAUUAAAUGAAAAGCUUGAGUUGGAUGAAUUUGUGACUCUAGAAAUGCAAACUAUAAAGGAACAGGAGAAUGAAUUAAAUUUAAAAUCACAGCUGCUCAAAGAAAAGGAAGAACAAAUCAAGGAGCUACAGAAACUUUUAGAAUUACAAAGGAUAGAAAAUAUGAAAAUGGACUUCUCUAGUUCAGUGGAAAAUGGGGAGAAAUUAUAUGAAGAACUAAAGCAUUUAAAGCAGUCUCUUUGUGAUACUGAAACUAUAGCCUUAGAUGCCAAGAAAGAAACCGCAUUUCUUAAAAGUGAGAAUCAGGAGUUGAAAGAAAAUAUGGAGGAACUUUUAAGUAGGUGCUCACAAUUAGAAAAGGAAAACCAUCUGUAUCAAAGUCAGUUGAAAGAAAGAAGAAAUAUUUCCGAAAGAAGACAGGCUGAUCUAGAGAGAGAAUUACAGUCUGCUUUUAAUGAAAUCACAAAACUGACUUCCAUUAUUGAUGGCAAAUAUCCAAAAGAUUUGCUCCUUGCAGUGGAAUUGGAAAGAAAGAUUAAAGAUCUCCAAAAAGACUUGGAUAAAGAGAUUGAAGAAAAUGAAGCUUUGCGAAAAGAAAUUAAUGUACUGUCUGAAUUGAAGUCUUUACCUACUGAAGUAGAAAUUCUGAGAAAAGAGCUUUCUGAAAAAAUCCAACACAAAACCCUUGAACCAGAAAAAUGUCUUGAAGUGAGAGAAGAACUUUGUAAGGCUCAGCAAAAAUUGGAAAAGCAACUAAACAGUGGAAUUUCUGGACUGAGUACUGUAGAGAUGGAGAAACAGUUACUUACUGAGGAACUUCAUGAGAAUCUUGAAGGAAGACCCGAUACAUAUGAAAAAAGUGAUCUAAAACAACCUCAAGAGAUCUUGCAGAGAGAGAAAGACCAGCUCAGGAACAAUUCUCAGGAUGCUAUAGACUUGGCCAUCAAGCUAAGUGAAGGACAAAAUUUGGACGCUCCAAGAAAUCUUGUUUCUCUAACAGACUAUGAAAAAGACAAUGAAUUACUUCAACAACAAAGACAGAUUUCCUCCUUACUACAGGAAAAAAAUCAACUACAACAAAUGUUGGAGUAUGUUACAACCGAAAAAAAUCAAUUGAAAACUGAUCUAGAGGAAAAUAUUGAAAUGAGUAUUGAAAAUCAAGAGGAAUUAAGAAAUAUUGGAGCAGCACUUAAAAAGCAACAAGAGGCAGUCUUCAAAGAAAGGAAGAAAACUGCAGAGAAAGAAGGAGAACUUUUGAGGACUCAGGAAAUGUUGGCAGACACGGAAAAGAAACUCAGUGAAAAGAUCCAAGAACUUCAAGAAAAAGAAGAGCAACUGUUGAAUGUUAGAAAAGAAGUCACUGAGGCUCAGGAAAAAGUAAAUGAGAUGGAAGAGUUAAGGGAGCAGUUAAAAUCCAGAAAUUCCACUCUUGAGAGCAUAAAAAUGGAGAACCUGGAGAUGGCUCAGAAACUCCAAGCGAGUCUAGAAGAAACAACAUCAAUAACCAAAGAAAUAAGUGAAUUGAAGAAAAUACAGAUGGCUCUCCAGUUAGAGAAAGACCAACUUGAACAAAAUAUUAAAGAAGUUGUAACUAAGGGUCUAGAAACACAGGAAGAUCUAAAAAUUGCUCAAAUGUGUCUGAAGGAACACCAGGAGACAAUUGGUAAAUUGAAAGAAUGCAUUUCAGACCAGGCAUCUCAAGGAUUAAAUGAUCAAGGAGAUUUAAAGAAAAUUAAUGUUGAACUACAGGAAAAGAUUCAGGAACUUCAGGCAAAACAAGAACAAAUUGUUAUUGUCAGAGAGGAAGCUCAAGAAAAAAUCAAUGGAAUGGAACAAUUAAAAGAGCAAUUAAUAUCCAAAGAUUCUACCCUAAAGAGGAUAAAUUUGAAAAACCAGGAGCUGCUUCAGAAACUCCAAGCCAGUGUUGAAGAAAAAGCAUCUGUAACUGAAGAAAGAGACAAGUUGACAAAAACAGUGAUAGUUCUUCAAGAGGAGAGCCACCAACUGAAGCAAAACAUAAGAGAACUUGAAGCUAAGGAUCUGGGGAUUGAAGAAGAAUUGAAAAUUGCUGAAGUGAAUCUGAAGCAGCAACAAGAAACAAUUGAAAAAUUAAAAGAAUGCAUUUCAGAGAAGACAGCUCAAGUGUCAGAGAUUCAAGAAGCUUUAGAGAAAACUAAUGCUGAACUGCAGGAAAAAAUUCAGGAGCUUCAAGAGAAAAAAGAGCAAGUGUUGAUUGUCAGAGAAGAAAUCACUGAAGCUCAGGAAAAACUGAAUGAAGUGGAACAUUUGAAGGAGAGAAUAGUGAUGGAAAACCUAGAGCUGGCUCAGAAACUCCAGGCAAGUCUUAAAGAAAUAACAUCUGUCACUGAGGAGAGAGAUGAGUUAACAAAGACACAAGAGGCUCUUCACAUAGAGAGGGACCAACUAAAAGAAACCAUAAAAGAUCUUGUAGAUAAGGAGCUUCAGGAGAAAACAAAGCAAGUUUUUAAUGUCAAAGAAGAAAUCCCUGAGGUUAAGGAAAAAGUGAAUGAAGUGGAACAUUUAAAGGAACAGUUAAAAUUGAAAGAUUAUACUCUGGAAAGGAUAGAGAUAGAAAACAUGGAGCUGACUCAGAAAUUCCAGGCAAUUCUUGAAAAAGCAACAUCUGUCACUGAGGAGAGGGAUGGAUUAACAAAGACACAAGAGGCUCUUCACAUAGAAAGGGACGAACUAAAAGAAACCAUAAGAGACCUUUUAGCUAAGGACAUAGAAACACAAAAAGAACUAAAACUUGCUCAGAUGAAUCUGAAGGAACACCAAGAGACAAUUGAUAAACUAAAAGAAUGUGUUUCAGAGAAAACAGCUCAAGUGUCGGAGAUUCAAGAAGCUUUAGAGAAAACUAAUGCUGAAUUGCAGGAAAAGAUUCAGGAGCUUCAAGAGAAUAAGGAGCAAGUGUUAAAUGUCAGAGAAGAAGUCACUGAGGCUCAAGAGAAAAUGAAGGAAGUGGAGCAUUUAAAGGAGCAAUUAAAAUCCAAAGAUUGUACUCUGGAGAGGAUAGUGAUGGAAAACCUAGAGCUGGCUCAGAAACUCCAGGCAAGUCUUGAAGAAGCAACAUCUGUCACUGAGGAGAGAGAUGAAUUAACAAAGACACAAGAGGUUCUUCACAUGGAGAGGGACCAACUAAAAGAAACCAUAAGAGACCUUGUAGAUAAGGAUAUGGAAACACAAAAAGAACUAAAACUUGUUCAAAUGAAUCUGAAGGAACACCAAGAGACAAUUGAUAAACUAAAAGAAUGUGUUUCAGAGAAGACAGCUCAAGUGUCGGAGAUUCAAGAAGCUUUAGAAAAAACUAAUGCUGAAUUGCAGGAAAGGAUCCAGGAGCUUCAAGAGAAUAAGGAGCAAGUGUUAAAUGUCAGAGAAGAAGUCACUGAAGCUCAAGAGAAAAUGAAGGAAGUGGAGCAUUUAAAGGAGCAAUUAAAAUCCAAAGAUUGUACUCUGGAGAGGAUAGUGAUGGAAAACCUAGAGCUGGCUCAGAAACUCCAGGCAAGUCUUGAAGAAGCAACAUCUGUCACUGAGGAGAGAGAUGAAUUAACAAAGACACAAGAGGUUCUUCACAUGGAGAGGGACCAACUAAAAGAAACCAUAAGAGACCUUGUAGAUAAGAAUAUGGAAACACAAAAAGAACUAAAACUUGCUCAAAUGAAUCUGAAGGAACACCAAGAGACAAUUGAUAAACUAAAAGAAUGUGUUUCAGAGAAGACAGCUCAAGUGUCAGAGACUCAAGAAGCUUUAGAGAAAACUAAUUCUGAACUACAGAAAAGGAUACAAGAGCUUCAGGAGGAAAAGGAGCAAGUUUUUAAUAUCAGAAAAGAAGUUACUGAAACUCAGGAAAAAAUGAAUGAGGUGGAACAUUUGAAAGAGCAAUUAAAAUCCAAAAAUUUUACUCUGGAAAAGAUAGAGAGAGAAAACCUAGAGCUGGCUCAGAAACUCCAAGCCAGUCUUGAAGAAACAGCAUCAGUAACUGAGGAGAGAGAUGGAUUAACAAAGACACAAGAGGCUCUUCAGAUAGAGAGGGACCAACUGAAAGAAACCAUAAGGGACCUUCUAGCUAAGGAUCAAGAAAUACAAGAAGAACUAAAAUUUGCUGAGAUGACAAUUGAUAAACUAAAAGAAUGCAUUUCAGAGAAGACAAGUCAAGUAUUAAAGAGUCAAGUUUUAGAGAAAAACAAUUCGGAACUGCAGGAAAAGAUGCAAAUGAUUACUGAUAAAUUGAAAGAGGAUUUGUCAGAAAAGGAAUCUCAGAUCUUCAGUAUUCAAGGAGAUCUAGAGAAAACAAAUAAUGAAUUACAACAAAAGAUCCUAAAGCUUCAAGAAACAGAAGAAGUGCUUCUUAGUAUGAGAAAGGAGGUGAAUGAGACUAAGCUAGAAAGACAAUUGCUGUGUCAGUUGGAGGAGCAGUUAAAGAGGAUGAAUCACACCUUGUCCUUGGUAGAGACAGAAAAAACGGACUUGACUCAGAAACUUGAUGCAAGUCUCAGUAAAAUGAAUACUGUCAUCAAGGAAAGAGAUGCCCUGCAGGAGACAGAGAAGGCUCUCCAAAUGGAAAUAAACCAAUUGAAAGAAAGUCUAAAGAAGAGUAGAGUGGUGGAUCAACAGAAGCCUAAAGAGCUAGUAGACAUUGAAGCAAACAUAGGAGAGAACAUCAAACAACAUUCUAUUGAAAGUCUUAAGGAAAAAUACUUACAGAUAAACGAGGUUCUGAAGAAAUAUACCAUGAUGGAAAAUCGCUAUGGGUUUCUGAGCAGACUUUCUCUUGACUUGAAAAAGACCUUUGAAAGCCAAAAUGAACUUCAGGUCAAAAUUCAAGCAUGCCUUUCUCAUACGCCUCAGCAGAAAAAAGCUAUUGGAAAACUUCUAGCAAGUAACCGGAGAUGUAAUAAUGAUCUCCACUCAUGCAACAUUUGCAUACUGAAAAAACUGGAGGGUGUGUUAAAGCGUGUUAUAGACAUAAGAAAAGAACAUCAUAACACCAUCAACAAAUUUGAAAAGGACUUAAUUGAGGAGGCAGAAAGGCAGAAUGAUUUGUUUAUUAAAACACAGCAUCUUCAACUACAUGCUGAGAGAGGAUCCCAGGAAUUAAGUAGCUACAAAAAAUUGAGCCAAAAGAUGGAUCUACAUAUUGAGCAAAUUCUCAAGGAUGUUUCAGAGACUCAAAAUGAUAUCCACAGCAUGGUAGUUGAAUUCCAACAACUGUUAAAUGCAAAGAAAGACAUUAUCUUGUUCCUGGAAAUGUGCUUAAGCACACAUCUUGAUGUGGAAAAUCUUAAAAAAAUAAUACAAGAGGACAGUGAUAGGAUUGUUCAUAUGAAUAACUUCUAUCAUAAUAAAAUAAAGGCUAUUAUGAAUGAAUCAUCUGAAUUUGAAGACAGAAGUGUUGCUGCAUGUAAAGAAUGGGAACUUGAACUGAGACAAAUGAAGGACAAGAAUGAAGAAAUGUUAAAGAAGGUCCAAACUACCCAUCUAACAUUGGAUGGUCUGGGUACUCUUACUGUAGGAGAAAAUAUGAGACAUGAUCUUAAAUUGAGUCACACAAGACAAACCACAAAGGAAAUUCAAGAAACUGCAUUUCAUGAAGACAAAGAAAACAAGCAGAAAAAAAAGGCAAUGCAGAAAAAUCUUGAAGUGUCUACAGUUGGGAGUAACAAACAACUUCAAAGUCAACAACCAACAGUGCAAAGUCAGGACAUCAAAGCUGUAUCCAGCAAAGAAAUUGAUGAUCUCAAGAUGCAACUCGUGAAGUUAAACAUGGAAAAAUUGAAUGAGUCCAAGAAGCUUGAAAAAGAAAUUGUUUCUAAAACUGCUAUAAUAGAGCACAUGGAAGAAAUUAUAAGCCAACUGAAGGAAAAUCUUAGAAGAGCACAACAGUGCAAUGAUACCUCAAUGUUAGAGCCAUCUGGUCAUGCUCAGGCUUCACAUACCCCACUGACUUGUGGAGGUGGUAGUGGUAUCAUACAGAGCACAAAAGCACUGAUCUUAAAAGCAGACCGUGUGAGGCUCGAGAGAGAGAUUAGCAAGUUAAAGAAACAGAAUGAGUAUCUGACAAAUCAUCAGAGUCAGCUGUCAAGAGAAGUCAAAAAAUGGAAAGAGAGAGCCCUUAAAAAGGAAGCACAAGAACUUACUUGUGUCCAUUCUCCAAAAUCUCCUAAACUGGCAGAAAUGGCAUCCCUAAAGAGACAAUACACAUCACCUCUGUGUAAAGAGCAGAUUUCACAGGAAACUUUGCCAAAGGAUUCACCAAAAUCUUGGGCAUAUGAUGGACGGUCCAAGUCUCUACCAGUCACUUGUCUUAAUAGCUAUUUUGAUAACUCUGGCCUAGGCCUACUCCCAGAAGUAGCUUUCAGUUCUACAAGUGAUUCUAUUAAAGGGACUCAAACUCCAGGAGAAGAAAAUACAGAAUCUCUAAUGCAUCAAUGGCAGACUUCUUCAGGAAAAGACGCACCUGAAUGUAAAACUCAAUAAUUUUAUUUUUAUGGAACGUGAACAUUCCAGAUUCUUCACAACACUUAUAUGUAGUUUAGCAUUUUUCCCAACCACUGCAAUCAUAGUUUAGUUAAAUUUUACUGUUGUUUUCUCUCAGCAUGCCACUAAUGUUUCUGGAUAAAUGAAUAGGAAACAAGGUGUUAAAUCAGUAAAGAAUGGUACCAAAAUGUUUAUUUUAUUUGUAAAUGUUGAAAUACUUUUGAAAUAGUUUUUAUUUAAAAGGAGCUUCUGUGGAAUACAAAAUUAUGGAAGGAAUUUCUCAUGCUGAGCAAUUGAAGAUGAAGAAAGAUAACUUAAAUCAUAUGAUCAUCAUUUUAUCUUCCUCUUUUUUAAAAAAUGUAUAUGUGUAAAAUUGUAUUAUAAUUUUUUCCUUUCAUAUUAUGCCUUGUUUUAUAAAGCCUAUACUCAUAUUGCAUUCCCUUCUAGAGUAUAAGCUCCAUGAAGUAAUCGUGUCUUCUUUAUAUCCCUCAUCUGGCUUUAGCAUCUACUCAACAAAUGCUAAUUAACAGUAAAUAAAAUUAAUAAAUAAAAUGCUGAUCCUGCUUCAUUGUACAGCAAUUUUCACAAAAAUUCAUUUCUAAAAAUGGAUUCAAAGGAACAGUCAUUGUCCCUUCAACAUGUCUUAAAAAAUCAGACAACCUUCCUGAAAAUAAAAUCUUAUCCAUAGCAAUUUUGUUUAAUUGCUUGAUUUUUGUAAAAGGAGGAGAGGUUGAGAAUAUGAAAUAUUAGCAAAAACUGAACAUUUUAAAAGGACUGUUUAAUGUAUGUAUCAUAAUACAAGAGUUGUUUUUUUUUUCUUUAUUCAUUUUCAACUUAAAUACAGAAAGAUCAAAAAAAAUUUUCCAUUUACACAAAAUAUAAGAAGAGGAUUCAAUAUAAAACCAUGAAAUGUUUUGCAUAAUUUCACAUUUGACUUCUAAUUGCAGGAGGAUGGAGAGAAGUAGGGGAAAGAAUCUUGAACUCAAAAAGUUUUAAAAAUAAAUGUAAAAAAUGAUUUUGCAUGUAACUGGGGAAAAUAAAAAUGUUAAAAUAAAAUUAUAUAUGUGUAUGUAUAAUGAUGAAUUUCCAUUUCACAUAAUUUACUUUUUAAAAAACCUAUAAUAAAUAAAUCAUUUUCAAAGCUG